AUGGUGCUGGUGCGCUAUUUCACCACCGCAACCUUGGGUUGGGCGCUAUUUUGCACUCCAACGCUCGCUGCCGACGUUUUAAAAACCAACGGGUUCGUCUCGUGCCUGGAUAAUACAGACAUCAAGAUCGAGAGACUUGACAUUAGUUUUGAUCGAUCGUCCAAGCAGAUUACCUUCGACGUCGCUGGCUCCAGCGGCAAAGAGCAGAAAGUGACUGCCUCGCUUGUCGUCAAUGCUUAUGGCCAGCGAUUCUCCCAGGAUUUCGACCCCUGUGAUGAUAAGACAAAAGUCGAAGCUCUGUGUCCAGUUCCCGCAAGAUCAUUCGCCGCAAAGGACACGGUACCGAUACCUGGCGAUUUUAUUGAUAAGAUUCCCUCUAUUGCAUUUUCGAUUCCCGACCUCCAAGCGCAGGCAACCUUGGAACUGAAAGCCCGAGAUGGAGGUAAACCCGUUGCUUGCAUCCAAUCCGUCGUUGGAAACGGCAAAACGAUCGAAACCCCUGCGGUUUCUUAUGUCGCUGUUGGCAUCGCUGGUGCCGCUCUCGCUUUAACUGGCGUCGGCGCCGCACUCGCAGGCGGAGCUCCAGGCGCCGCCGCAUCUGGACCCACAUUUGGAGAUGUGGUGGGGUGGUUCCAGUCGAUGGCUACCAACGGGAUGCUGAGCGUGGGCUAUCCGCCGGUGUAUCGAAGCUUCACGAAUAACUUUGGUUUCAGCACCGGCCUGAUCCCCUGGUAUCAGAUGCAGACGGCCAUUGAUGAUUUCAGAAACCGGACGGGAGGCAAUCUCACCAACAGCAAUGUAGACUUCUUAAGGAACGCGACCUUGGUUUAUGCCGACAGUUUCGGGCCGAAGCAGAAUGCAAAACGUGCUUUGAGCUCUAUUUUCAAUACUAUCCCGCUUGCGAUGCGCGAUAUCGAAAUCACCGAAAAUAAAGACUCCUCGGCUGACAGUGAAGGCGGAGUGAAUCACAUUGUGACCGGAUUCAAGGCCUACGCCGAACGGCUGACAAUCCCCGAAGCCAAUACGUUCAUGACUGUCCUCCUGAUCUUUGCCAUCGUUGUUGCUGCAAUCGCGGUUGGUAUCCUACUGCUCAAGCUCAUUCUCGAACUCUGGGCAAUGUGGGGCAAUUUCCCGAAGAAACUGGCAGGCUUUCGAAAACAUUACUGGGGACUUCUCAUUCGCACGAUCACCAACUUGAUUCUUCUGUUGUACGGUAUCUGGACGCUCUACUGCAUUUUCCAGUUCACCCACGGUGAUUCUUGGGCCGCGAAAAUCUUGGCUGGAGUCACACUAGCCAUCUUCACUGCCGUUCUUGGGUAUUUCACAUUUCGAAUUUGGCAAAUGGCUCAACGGUAUAAGAAGUCAGAUGGCGAUGCGAGCGGCCUCUAUGAAGACAAGGAAACGUGGCGAAAAUACAGCCUAUUCUACGACAACUAUAAAAAGGGGUAUUGGUGGAUCUUCCUUCCAAGCAUCGUUUAUAUGUUCGCCAAAGGAUGCAUUCUUGCUGCCGGUGACGGGCACGGUCUAGUGCAAUCUGGCGCGCAGUUAGUUGUGGAAGCCCUUAUGCUCACUCUGCUGCUAUGGGCCCGACCGUAUGAGACCAAAUCGGCCCAGUGGAUCAAUGUCACUAUUCAAGUCGUUCGUGUACUGUCCGUGGCGUGCAUCAUCGUCUUUGUCGAAGAAUUGGGAAUUGGAGAAACCACAAAGACUGUCACCGGAGUUGCUCUGGUCGUAGUUCAAUCCGUUUUGACUGGAAUCUUAGCUCUUCUCAUUGCUAUUAACGCGAUUAUUCUUUUGGUCCGGAAGAAUCCACACGUGAGGCGCCGAAAACAAACAGAAAAAUACGACCGUGACCUGGACAAUUUGACGCCCCUAGACGCCCGCAACUCUUUACUGAUGAAUUCGCGAAGUGAAAAUAAUGUCAACGACCCAGAAACCGGGAAACUAAACUUCGUCGGCCGCUACGAACCAUAUCGGGAUGUCCCACUCGGCGCCCCUGGACAUCACCCAUCAAAUAGUACCGACGGUUUGGUGGCUCACGCCGACUACGGCCACCAAAAACCCAACAAUAGUGACUCGGGCGAUCUUAGCAUGUAUUCAGAUUACAAUCGCGUCGGCAGAGCUUACUGA